CUCGCGUCUUCCGUAUUCCAUCCUUUUCUGCGCCAGUCCAUGAUUUCUGUGUCAAGGUAACAACAGGUCGGGUUUUAAGAAAGCAUCGACUGCCACGCCCAUCACCAUGGAACCCGUCCCAGAGACCGAGCGAAUGGAGGAGUUCCGCCCCUCUCCUCUUCCCAGUCUGAGGGUCAACGCACCCGAGUUCGACUACUUGCGCAAGCCGCCCACCCUUCGCCGAUCAACCGACCCCUCUCCAGCAUCCCCCACCUCGCCAUCUUGGUCGACUCCCACGCUUCCAUAUCGCCCUCGCGCCUCCUCCCCGCUGUCUACGCUUCAUGUCAGGUCGAGGUCUGCAGUAAACCUAGCACCACCUAUGGCGCGCACUCAGUCUAUGCCCGGCGUAAACGGGUCCGGUCAUCUUCUCUUCUCACCACAUAUCCGGCCACAAAGCCCUGCUCAGUCGCCGAGCCGGGUCCGUCCUUUGCGCAAACCAGUCGACGAAGUUUUCCCUUCCUCGCCAACUCGUGUCUCGGUCCAUGACCUUGAAAGGCAGCUUUCCGAGAGAAACAGCUCGCCAAACCUCACCCUUGGGUCAACAUCUACAGUAACUUCAACGGCCCGACUACGAAGACCUUCUUCACCUUUACGGCUUGUUCAUCAUGCCAGCACCACAUCGUUGUCAUCCGUACCAUCAACUCCUUCUUCAGUCGCAUCGUCGCCAUCCUACCGAGCUCACGACUCGUUUUCCAGCAACUAUUACACAACCUCCAUGCCUUCAACACCUACUUCCAUGAGAUCCAGGAGCCCCAGUAUUUCCAGUCUUGAAACCAUCCCAGACACCCCAGAUGCCGAGGAGGCCGCUCUAGAAGCCGAGAGAAUCGCGCAACUGAAGGCCGCAGCGGAGGCGGCGGAAGAUGGCGGUGAUACCAAAAGCAAAGCGAAUACGGAUGCUUUGUCGCGAGGCAGGACAUUAGGGUUUGUUUCCAGAGACAAGCGGAAGCGGUGGAGUGUCUGCGGUGCCGAGAGGAGACAGGAUCUCGAUUUGGAGACUAUUUGGGAGGAUUAAACCUUUCGGACCUGUUAGUGGUGUGUUUCUCUUGGUCCGGUACAGUACCAAGAAACGACGCCCGUCACAGUAGCGACACCCAGACAGGCAGAUGCGCCCGGUGUUCCCGAUCUG